GGAAUUCAAUGCUUUGACAAGCAACGAUGGGUUCGCUCUGCUGCGGCGACGACAGGGUCAAUAAAGUUCACGUUGCCCACGCUGGCUUGUUCGCCUGCUGCUGUCCUUGCGUGACGCUGGCGCAGGUGAGCUCGCGCUUGGACGUGUUCGGUGGUUACACUGUCGUACUCUGGGGUUCGUUGGUUGCCGUUGUUGGGGCCAUGGUCUCAACUGCCACGAGCAUACGAACCCAGAGUAUACUCUCAGGCGCUUCUAAGCUUUGGUUUUCCAACGCAAACACGUUGCAAGUGCUGUCACUGUGCUGCUCGGUGGUCCUGGUCGUGUUGGUGACGUUGCUGCGAGGCCAAGUCCGACAGAGGCGGGGCAUGACAACCAACACGUUCCGCGAUUACGUGUGUGCAGCUUGUUGUCCUUGUUGUUGCCUUGCUGAAAUGGCCAUCAUGGUGGGGACUCCAGAAACGUACAAGAAGUGUCCAUUUGGUUCAUGUGAAAUCCUCCCCGCCUACGAUCCCAAAUAAGUCUUAAACGACGGACUUCAAACGAAUGCUCCUUAACGAAACUUUGGCUUUCUAGCUUAUAUAAUUCACUCAAAACUACUUGGGAUAUUAAUAUUUCGAAGCGACGAGCACCGCCGCCCGCUGGCCCGCCAGCCGUCCAAAGACUACGCAUUCGGUGA